CUCUGCUCAUCACGGCGACUGUGGGUGAGAUGGUCCGAGCUCUCCGGAGAUGCCAGUGAGACGGCCGCCGCAGUCACAAGCGGCAUGUUGGAGGAGAAGGGACGGUUUGGUGGAGCGGGUGGUGGAGGCGAGAUGGAAAGGUUGCCCCCCGCCAUGCGGAAGAGACUGUACAGCCUCCCUCAACACAUAGGGACCAAAGACGGCUUGAUGGAGUGUGACGGGGACAGGGAGCCGGGCAGGAGAAGCAUCAAGAUGAAGCAUCUGCCCUCGCCCACGGUGGGAGGUGCGAGGUGGGCUGGAGAUGCCAAGGUUGGAGAAGGCAAGACGAUGGAGACCGACCUCAUCAAGACCAGUUCCAACGGGGACUGCCGGCGCUUUCGAGGGAGCCUCUCCUCCAUCGCCAGCAGACACCUCCACGAAGCCGACGUGGCGGAGGGCAAGCGGCUGAUCGGCGAGGGGGAGUCCACACCGAGCGAAGGCACUAACCCCGGCAGCGAGGACGGCUCCAGCUCCGGCUCCAUCUCGGGCAACGCCUCGGAGGAGAGGGGACGGUCGGGGGCCAAGGAGCAGGCGGCAGCCGAGCAAGAAGCGAGGUCGGCGCUCUUCAAGGCUGACGGCGCCGACCAGAUCUUCCUGGAAGACGACUUGAGAGCCAGUCAAAGCGGCUUCAUGCAGAGACAAUUCGGAGCCAUGCUGCAGCCUGGAGUUAACAAGUUUUCUCUGAGAAUGUUUGGCAGUCAGAAGGCGGUGGAAAGGGAGCAAGAACGGGUCAAAUCAGCUGGAUUUUGGAUAGUUCAUCCCUACAGUGACUUCAGGUUCUACUGGGAUUUGACUAUGCUGCUUCUCAUGGUGGGGAACCUGAUCAUCAUUCCCGUAGGAAUCACGUUCUUCAAGGAUGAAAACACAACUCCGUGGAUAGUCUUCAACGUAGUGUCGGACACGUUCUUUCUUGUUGAUCUGGUGCUAAAUUUUAGAACUGGGAUUGUGGUGGAGGACAACACAGAGAUUAUUUUAGACCCUCAGAAAAUCAAGAUGAAGUACCUGAAGAGCUGGUUUGUGGUGGACUUCAUCUCCUCCAUCCCAGUAGACUAUAUUUUUCUAAUAGUGGAAACCAGGAUUGACUCGGAGGUUUACAAGACUGCCAGGGCACUGCGGAUUGUAAGGUUUACCAAGAUCCUCAGCCUUCUCCGGUUGUUGCGAUUAUCCCGUCUUAUCCGUUACAUCCAUCAGUGGGAAGAGAUCUUCCACAUGACUUAUGACCUGGCAAGUGCGGUGGUGCGAAUUGUUAACCUGAUUGGGAUGAUGCUGCUACUGUGUCAUUGGGAUGGCUGCCUCCAAUUCCUCGUGCCCAUGUUGCAAGAUUUCCCAGAGGAUUGCUGGGUUUCACUCAACAGUAUGGUGGAUGCUUCAUGGUCGAAGCAAUACUCGUACGCACUGUUCAAAGCCAUGAGCCACAUGCUGUGCAUCGGCUACGGGCAGCAGGCGCCAGUCGGCAUGUCUGACGUGUGGUUGACCAUGCUCAGUAUGAUCGUCGGAGCUACCUGCUACGCCAUGUUCAUCGGCCAUGCCACCGCUCUCAUCCAGUCCUUGGAUUCUUCACGCAGGCAGUAUCAGGAGAAGUAUAAGCAGGUGGAGCAGUACAUGUCCUUCCACAAGCUGCCGGCUGACAUGCGCCAGAGAAUCCACGAUUACUACGAGCAUCGUUUCCAGGGCAAGAUGUUUGAUGAGGAGAGCAUACUUGGGGAGCUGAGUGAACCACUGCGAGAGGAAAUCAUUAAUUUUAACUGCAGGAAGCUCGUGGCCUCGAUGCCACUCUUUGCAAAUGCAGAUCCUAACUUCGUCACGUCCAUGUUGACUAAGCUGCUUUUUGAGGUCUUCCAGCCCGGAGAUUAUAUCAUCCGCGAGGGAACUAUCGGGAAGAAGAUGUACUUUAUACAGCAUGGGCUCGUCAGUAUCCUUACUAAAGGCAAUAAAGAGACAAAACUAUCAGAUGGCUCCUACUUUGGAGAGAUCUGCCUGUUGACCCGGGGCCGUCGAACAGCAAGUGUACGUGCGGACACCUACUGCAGGCUGUACUCCCUGUCGGUGGACCACUUCAAUGAAGUGUUGGAAGAAUACCCGAUGAUGAGGCGUGCCUUCGAGACCGUGGCACUGGACAGGCUCGACCGCAUAGGUAAGAAGAACUCCAUCUUGCUGCACAAGGUACAGAACGACCUCAACUCGGGAGCGUUGAACUACCAGGAGAGUGAGAUCAUCCAGCAGAUCGUGCAGCAUGACCGAGAGAUGGCCCAGACCGUCCAGAAAGCAGCUCCGGCCGAGUCCAGCCCAGCCCCAGUCAUCUGGACACCGCUGGUCCGAGCUCCAUUGCAGGCGGCAGCCGCCACCACGUCUGUGGCCAUCGCCCUCACUCAUCACCAUCCUCGUCUCCCCGGCGCCAUGUUCCAGCCGCCCUUGUCCAUCCUCAGCUCUUUGGGUCAGCAGUCCAACCAGACACCAAGGCAGGUGAAGAAGGUGCAGUACUCGGCCCCCAGCAGUGGACCACCCACCAUGGGGUCUCCAUCCAGUGCCCCGUCCCAACUGCAGACCCCCUGCUCCGAGUCCCCUCCGUCUGUGCUCUUCCAGACCCACCAUCUCCUGGGGGCGUCUCCGCCCGUCAGCAUGGGCCAGCAGCACCGGCAACUGGGCACCACCUCGGCCGGAUCUUCUCGUCGCCCCUCAGGGACUCCGGCCGGUAGCCCGGGUCAAGGGCAGCGGUCAAGGUCGGGUUCGGGGUCUCCGGCCCCCAGCCUGGGGCACCUCCAGCAGUUUCUCAGCGGCUCGCCGGUCCAGCCCCCCACCCUGGCCCCAUCUGCCCCAGCUUUCACCCAGAUCCACCCUGGUCAGCCCCAGUCCCAGUCCCAGUCCCAGUCUCAGUCCCAGUCUCAGACCCAGUUCCAGGCCACCUCUCGGUCGCCCCAAGCCAGCCACGGCCACCGCCACUUCCCGGGAGGCGCCCAGUCCGCCGGAGUCAAGCAGUGCCACAAACGGAUCUCCAUCUCGCCAACUGGGAGCCAAGGACACCUCCCCCCAGUCGGGAUGAGCUCCCCGCUGCCCAGUUUGGGUCAUCAUCUCCCGCAAGUGUCUCCACGCUUCCAGAGGCCUCAGGGCCAACAGCAACAAGCGACCCCCGUGGCUCAAGGAGACAACCCUGGCCAUCCAGCGUCACCAUUGCAACACCUGGCCAACCUACCUUUGCCCUACUCGCCCCACGCUCCGAGCCCCCCCCUUCAAAGCCCGGCGCCCAAGCGGACAUUGCAACGGGACUCCAGCGACGGGUCAAGUUCGCCCACCUCCCUCCUCCUGCCCCAAGCCCCGCUCCAGCAGAUCAUCACCCUCAAAAGCAGUCAGCCCAUUGGGCGCCUCACCCAGGAGGACCUUAAGACCAUCUCGGCAUCUCAACCUUCGUUGCCACAAGAGUUGGCGCAAGUGUUGCAUCGAAGCAGCCCGUCCUCGGUCAGGGAGGCUGUGGGAAGCCUAACAACAUUUUCUAGACCUGAACGCUCGAAUAAACCUUGCACUUCCAUCUCAGAGUGCAUGACUCUACCUAAGCAGAUGUCGACGGGAUCUUUACCUCAAACGCAAGGACAAAUACCCGGCACAUCUGCGGCCAACUUCCCCACCACAUUCUCUAAAGACAAAAACGUUACCCGGAAGGGAUCAAUAGGUUUUGGUUCCGAUUUGGAAUCAGUUCGAUCUAAGCUUCCGUCUAACUUGUGAGGUUCUGUGAGGAAUGAACAGGUCGUGUAUUAUAUAAUAACUCUUUUUUCUUCUGUAUAACUGUGAUUUUAUUUUUAGAUACCAGUUAAUUUAGAGAUCUAGUUUUGUGUCAUAUUAUUUUAUAAAUUUUUCAUACCUUGAGAAUGGAUAAUUGAUAAACUGAUGGAGAUAAGGGAAGAGAACCUCUUUUUCAACAUUGGAACUAAUUGUGGAUAGAUGAUAGGGGACACUAAAAUGAUGCUUCUAUUGAAGGAGGUAAUGUAGCUAAAGACUUCUAGCUACAUUAAAAGUCAGAAAGGAAUUGUAACACCAACAAUUGGAGCAAUAACACAUCCAGCGACAGUCGGGUGAAGUUCGGUCCAUCAGAUCAGCAGGAGGUGAAGAAUGAGAGGACCUCUUGUUCCCAGACACUUGGAUCUGUCAGAAUGUCCUGAAAACCCAUCCUAAAUGAUAAGUUGAACGCACGCCAGCUAGGAUCAAGACAAGGGGGAACUGGGUUAUGUGUAGCAUGCCAUGUAGGAAAGAACUGCACAGAUGCUGGUUUAAAUCAAAGAUAGACACAAAAAGCUGGAGUAACUCAGCGGGGCAGGCAGCAUCUCUGAGUUACUCCAGCUUUUUGUGUCUAUCUUGGGUUAUAACACACAAUACACAGUACAAUUUAUUUGUCACUUGAACCUCAUAGAGGCUCAAAUGAAAUGUUGUUUCUGCAGUCAAUACACACAUGCAAAAAAAGACCCAAGACACAACACAAUUUACACAGACAUCCAUCACAGCGCAUCUCCUCCUCGCUGUGAUGGAAGGCAAAAAAACGUAUCAAAUAACAUAGAUGGGCUCUACGCACGGAAGCAGCAGUCAAAACCAAGUUAAAAUCAAAACAAUGUGUUUCUUAAUUAUUUACGUAGUCUAUGGAUGUCACUGGUAUUUAUUUAUCCAUCUCUGAUAGUCACUGACGGAGGAGUUAAGAGCCAACGUUAUCCGUGAAUGCGAGGGGUCCCUCAAGCAGUUUUACUUCCCUGAAUGAAUCAUCGAUCUUUAUUACGGCUAACCUUAAAUCCAGAUUUAUUCAUUCGCUUGGUUUUAAAUUCUCCCGUUACUGUGGCUGGGAUUCAAAUUCACAUUGCCCCGAUCAAUAACCCAGAACACUGGCUCCCAGCCCAGCAAUGAACCAAAUGUGCUACUGGCCAACAUCUAGAGGCGUGCUCCAAAGUAGUUAUUUGUUUAAUCCUAAAAUAAGCUACUAUAAUAAGUUGCAAGCUAUUUUCCCCUCUCAUAAACAAUUUGGUUAAUAUAACACAUGUUGUUUUAAAGCUGCAUCAUCACAUUGAAUUUGACACUUUGGGACAUAUCAAAAUCUAAAUUUCUUGGCCAAGUAGCAAGAGUUUAAGGAUCUUCUUGAAAAAAAGUUCCAUGUGCUAUGCUUUUGUCACUAACUUUGCUCAACAGUUGAUUGAACCUUAUCUCCAGAUUGGAAGGUUUUGAGUUAAGGAUGGUCAUAUGAUGGCUCUGUGGAGUUCAGAUAAAAUGGGCUAUAAGAUGCAAGGGAUGUCCAUCGCGGAGAAGCUACAAGUGUACCAUCUUAUUCCCCGCACGUAGACAACAGCAUGUCAGUCAAAAGAUUCAGAAGCAAAUUCUUACAUUGGGGUUUUUCUUUGAGGAGAAUGACUUUUAGUGAAAUUGUUCCAUGAGGUAUCUACUUUUGUGUAGAUGCAUGAUACCAAAAACUGCCCAAAUGAUAUCUCAAUGUCUUACUAAGUAAGAUUUUAAAUGUCAGGGUAGAUGUAGACUAAGCAGUUCUCUUGAUGGCUCAAACAUUUAAUACAUGGCAUAUCGUGAAGUCACACUGUACAGUCCUUAACAAUACAGUUUUAGUGCAAGUUUGCAUGAGAAGGAACUGCAGAUGUUGGUUCAAAUCGAAGUUAAGCACAAAAAGUUGGAGUAACUCAGCGGGACAGGCAGCAUCUCUGGAGAGAAGGAACGGGUGACAAUUGGGGCUGAGACCUUUCUUCAGCUGCCUGUCCCGCUGAGUUACUCCAGCUUUUUGUGUUUAUAGUGAGUUCUCUGGGUUCAGUCAAGGGCCCAAUUUGGUCUCCAUAAAUAUCUGUGAUUUCUUUGUACCAACACAAAGGAUACAAAAAAUGAGCUGGAUUUGAUCUCAUCUGUGGUCCGAGCUAGCUACGAGAUCCCUUCUCAAACUGUUUGAGAGUUUUCGCUAUGCAGCCUUGCCCAGCAAGCAAGGCCAUUUGGGUUAGAAUUAUGGCUGCCUCAAAUGGAGCCACUAGUGUGUGCCUUUGAGAGAGAAUACUGGAGGGCUCGAUAUUUUUUUUUAAAAAACGAUUUAAAUCUUGUUAAUAUUCAAAUAAUAUUUCAUCCUUUAUUUUACAUAAAUGACAAAUAUGACAUAAUAAACCAAGAGAAAUAGAUUUGAACCUUUUCAGUAUUUAGAGUGGAGAAUAUUUCUGACUGCGAUCGCACAAAGCCAAGCCUGCCAUCGGUCACUUUAAAUAAAGAAAGGUUAGGCUAGGAAAACCGAAAAUAUUCUCAACCAAGUGUAACAAUAAAAGGGGGCAGAUGAUUAGAUGGGUGGGAAAGAAGGAGGGUUUUUUUUCCCAUUGAAAAUCGCAAUUUCCAAUUAUGGAUUCCCCUGUUUAUUCUCCUUCUAAGAUAUAGGAUUGUUGUUAUAGACUCUACAGAAGAGAAUGGAUAAGAAGGGCAGGUCUCCUAUCUCCCACCGAUGAACCACUUGUAUUUCAUAGAGUGAUACAACGUGGUAAGUAGGCCCUUCGGCCCGACUUGCCCGUGCUGGCCAACAUGCCCCAUAGUCCCACCUGCCUGUGCUUGGCUAUAACCCUCUAAACCAAUCCUGUCCAAAUGUCUCUUAAACAAUAUGAUAGGCCUGGAUAGUGUGGAUGUGGAGAGGAUGUUUCCACUAGUGGGAGAGUCUAGGACCAGAGGCCACAGCCUCAGAAUAAAAGAAUGUGCCUUUAGAAAGGAGACGAGGAGGAAUUUCUUUAGUCAGAGGGUGGUGAAUCUGUGGAAUUCAUUGCCACAGUGGAGACCAAGUCAAUGUAUAUAUUUUUAAGGCAGAGAUUGAUAGAUUGUUGAUUAGUACGGGUGUCAGGGGUUAUGGGGAGAAGGCAGGAGAAUGGGGUUGAGAGGGGAAGAUAGAUCAGCCACGAUUGAAUGGUGGAGUAGACUCGACGGGCCAAAUUCUGCCCCUGUAACUUAUGAACUUAUGUUGGUAUCUGUUGCUUUAACAAUCUUUAACCAUUUAUUUAACAAACACCUGGAUUAAUGGGGUUGCCAUAUGCUAUUUAUUUAUUUUUUGACAGUACUGGGAUCUGGAGACAGUUUCUGGUUCACUGGCUCCUUGUCUGGGUCAACUAAUGAGGGAGUUAUCUCAUCCAGGACCAAGUGUCAGGCCCAGCAUUCUGAGAGAAUUAACACCAGUCCUUAAAUAAAUAACGUCUUUCAAAUAAAACGUCCUUGAUGGCCAGCAUGGAUAUACAGGGCCGAAUGGUCCAUUUCUGCACUGUUUGAUCCCACGAAUCAUUGUUAAUGAAUAAUAAAUAGUUGCAGUCAUUCAAAGGAGGAGCAAUGAUUGAAUUAGGCCAAAGCCAUCACUAACCCCCACUGAUCACAAGGCUUGCUUGAAUGCCUGAAGAAUUUCCAUAUUUCCUUACAACAUAGAAGGAGGCCAUUCAACCCAUCAGGUUGAUACUGGCUCACAUAGCAAUUGCAACCCUCACUUAUUUUUCAUGUAGUCUGCACGCCUUCCGUUCCCAACUAUUCUGCCAAUCUCAUCACCUGGGGGUAAUUAACCUAUCAAUCUGAUGCUUUAGUGUUGGGAAGGGAAGGGAAGGGAAGUCCACUCAUGGAAAGUCCACUCAGGCACCAUUGGCUUGUACAAUCUGUUGGAGACUUUUUCAUUGUCCAUUCAAGAUACAAACACACCCCUCAAAGGUUAAUGGAAUGACCACUCAGCUGCCUGAUAACAGAGGCAGCAGCUGCCAUACAUCGCCAGAGACCCGGGCGUGAUCCUGACCACGGGUGCUCUCUGUGUGGAGUUUGCACGUUCUCCCUGUGACCGCGUGGGUUUCCUCCCACAUUCCAAAGACGUGCGGGCUUGUCGGUUAAUUGGCUUCUGUAAAAUUGUCCCUGUUGUCGAGGAUAGGACUAGUGUACGGGGUGAUCGCUGGUCGGCGCGGACUCGGUGCGCCGAAGGGCCGUGUUUCCACGCUGUGUCACAAAAAAACAAAACUAGGUAGAGACGAUACGACAAAUCGUACGUCGGUCAUCUUAUGUUGAAAUUCAAAUAAGGAAGGAAUUUCAUUCGAAACUAUGCACCAAAGAGCUCGUAAAAGUGUUACAAAUAUGUGUUCUAUUAAUGUUAAAUCUACAGAUCAUAGCCAGUGACUGACAGGAAAUAAAACCAAGUCUAAAGACUGGACUCGAUAAUCUUCAGACAUUAGCACCAUCAAAUUUCAAAGGGUUUUCUCAUAAUGGCGUGGAAUUCUAGUUUUAGAAUGAGGAUGUUAUCUAUAAAGAGUGUCAAGAAAUGUUUGAUUAAGAGGUAUGUUGGUCACAUGUACACAAGCUUUGAAUAUAAUAUAGAUUAGACAACACCAGCGUGUUUGAUUGAGUUUGUAUACUGGAUGAUAUUUGAAAUGAUGAAAAUAUUUGGAAGAAUCAACCAUUUCUUUUUUUUUUGGUGUUGUGUUAUUUUUAAGGGAUUCUUAUAACAGAGGACUUGUUAUUACACGUUACUGCUCUGGAGUUAGACACAAAAAGCUGGAGUAACUCAGCGGGUCAGACAGCAUCUCUGGAGAGAAGGACUUUUAGGAUCGAGACCCUUCUUCAGAGAGAGAGUCAGGGAGUUAUUUAGGCAACUUUGAGCCAACUUUUAAUGGACUACAAAGGAAGGAAUGAGAAACUACGCAUAAUAUAUAUAUAUAUAUAUACCGCUGGAAAUGUUAUUUAAGCUGGUAUCAAGCAACCCGGCACUUGAUUCACAGUUACUGGGAUUAUUGCAUAGAUCACCCUCACUUUGACAGUCAGUAGAAACAUAGAUGCAGGAGUUGGCCAUUCAGCCCUUCGAACCAGCACCGCCAUUCAAUAUGAUCAUGGCUGAUCAUCCCCAAAUCAGUACCCCGUUCCUGCUGUUACCCCCACACCCUUUAAUUCCUUUAGCCCCAAGAGCUAAAUCUAACUCUCUCUUGAAAACAUCCAGUGAAGUGGCCUCUACUGCCCUCUGUGGCAGAGAAUUCCACAGAUUCACAACUCUCUGGGUGAAAAGGUUUCUCCUCAUCUCAGUCCUAAAUGGCCUGCCCCUUAUUCUUAAACUGUGACCCCUGGUUCUGGACUCCCCCAACAUGGGGAACAUUUUUCCUGCAUCUAGCCUGUCCAAUCUUUUAAGAAUUUUAUAUGGUUCUUUAAGAUCCCCUCUCAUCCUAAAUGCCAGUGAAUAUAAUCCCAUUCUUUUAUCAUAUGUCAGUCCCGCCAACCCGGGAAUUAACCUGGUGAACCUACGCUGGGCUCCCUCAAUAGCAAUA